GCGCUCCGGCACGAGCCGAACGAGAACACGUGAGGAGGAGGUCAAAAAACGUGUUAAAUUGGGACCAGAGCACUUUGGACAUUUUGUAUGUUUUUUAGGAUUAUGAUCAAAUGUUAAGUCUUCUGUUGGUUGCUAGGUAACGAAUUGAUUUUCGUCAAAUGAAUUCGCCAAUAGGCAGCGGUAACGUGUAUCUAAUGCCAACCUAAUAACAACCCUCCCACAUUGUCGCAUGGUAGUGAAACUGUGGCACAUUAACUUUAACAAAAGGUGUUGAACUCGUUGUUUUUACAUUAGCAAGUAAUGCUAGGCUAAAUUAGUGCUAGCUGAUGAAUGGAGGGAAACAGACCGGAAGUCCUCCCCCUCCUUCAUCCAUCCCUCGCCACGCUUCUCUCCUUCCCAGCAUCCCUCUCUCCUCCUCCUCACUCUUCUUCCAUCGUCCAGAGUUAUCCAAGUGUUCUUGGACUGGGAUCCGGUCCGGCUCGUCGUCAUCAUGACCCAGGUGGUUCCGACUCAUCCUGCUGCUUUGACAGCUCCGGCUCGGCCUCCUGCUACCCCUCCGACCAAUAGGAAGGCGUCUCCUUGUCGCUCAGCCUCCAGUCUCAGGAGCCCCACAGAACUGUCCGAGGCACUGCGGGACAAAGAUUGUCGCGCUAGGCAGCAGCUGGAGCGCAGCGGCAAGGAGCGAGAGCGCAAGAUGGCGGCGCAGAGGCGGAAGGAGCACCAGCGCCGCCUGGCGGCCGAGGAGAAGAGACAGCAAAAGCAAGAGGCCGAGAAGGAGAGGCUGGAGGCCCUGGUGCGGCGGAGAGCCGGAGGAGGAGGAAGAGAGGCCCGGGACCACCAGGACAACCGGCCUAAGCGAUGGACGUGGGGCGGGCCCCCUGAUGGAGUGGAGGGUAACACUAAGACCCCGCCCUGCCACGCCAUUGGCUCCGCUCUGCCCAAUCGGCUGCCCGCUGCUUCCAGCACCCACCAAUCCCGUAACGUCUGCGAAUUCCUGACCCCGUCCGACCCGUCAGAUCAACCAAUGAGCAAGCAGCUGUCCAACUCGUCCUCCGACCUCCACCCGACAGAGACGGCUUCUUCCAACAAGCACAGACCUCACAGAAGUUCGUCCAACCGCAGGAGCAUUGCCGCGUUCCCCGAGGACACGGCACGAGCCAAAACGCCCACGGGAGAGGUUCCUUCUGCACCUGUUCGUAGUUCAUCCUUCAGAGCCAACGGUAAAGGUCCUGCUACACCCAAAAGGAUGCGGUCCAGCAGGAGUCGGGCUGCGUCGCCGUGUUCGCCGGGUCAGUACCCGCCGUCGCCUCUGCGGCAGAGGGCCACCACUCCCGGCGGCGACGACAGGGGUCACCACGGCGCCCCGGACAGGAAGUCCGCCAAAUCCGAAACCUCGGAGAAGAAGAUGUCCAAAUCUACCAGCAGAGAAUUGUGUGCAGAGUCUCCGGGAACGCCCACGGGCCGCGGCGCGGGCGGCACCUUGGACGCGGAGGAGGCGUCGCGACUGCUGGCCGAGCGGCGCCGCCUGGCCAGGCUACAGAAGGAGCAGGAGGAGCGACAGCGGCAGGAGGACGAGCUGCUGAGGGCCGAGGAGGAGCGCAGGGGGCAGCAGGAGGCCCGGGACCUGCAGGAGAGAGCGGCGCGGCAGGCGGAGGAGGAGCGAGCCCGGCGCGAGGAGGAGAGGAAGAGCAGAGAGGAGGAGGAACGCCAGCAGAAGGAGCAGCGAUGGAAGAACAUGCAGGAGCAGCUGGACAAAGAGAGGGAGGAGGCCUUCCAGCGAGCCCAGCGCGAAGCCGAGAGGAAGAGGAGGGAGCGGGAGCAGCUUCACAUCCAGGAGGAGCAGGAGAGGCUGCAGAGGAAGAAGAGAAUUGAAGAAAUCAUGAAAAGAACACGCAAGAGUGACGUGGACGCUCCGCCUGGUGCUGCAGCCUGCGACGUGAAGUCGGAGAUUGCGGCGCUCACCCUGGAGGAGGACGCCGGGACCCCCGCCGGGACCCCCGCCGGGACCCCCGUCGAGACCCCCGUCGUCCUGCUGGGACCGCUGGAGAACAAGAGCUGCUUGGACGAGCUGUCGGACGGCGUCCAGUCCAUGGACGUCAGCCCCGUGUCCAGGGACGAGCCGGCCAGCGCUCAGGACUUCUCCCCGGUUGCGGACCGCUGCCCCCUUGAGCAUCUGAUGGACGUGGACCCGCAGGCGCCCCCCUACCCCAAGCUGCAGGCCGGCAGCGGGGUGGGCGACCUUAACGAGAACCUCCUGAUCCGAGCGUACAACGGCACCGCCGCCGAGUCCUCUCCGCUCAUCCGCAGCGUCUGCCCCGGCGAGGUGGACGUGUGACGUGGUGGACGUGGACGCGCAGGAAACUUGCAUCCUCGGCUUCUCGACUGAGCGCAGCAUCAACGAUCGUCGUUUUUUUCCCACCAGGAAUCGCGACUGCUCAUCAUCCUGCAAGCUGAUCGACACCCUAAAACAUCCCAAAAUGAUCCCGCGUCAUCUCCAGAUAACUACUUCAUUUAUUCCAAACCUAACUGGUUGAUUUAGUGAUUGAAUGAUGACACAUUGCAAUACGCCAAAUGUUUAUAAUAAUAGGCGUCAGGAUACUUCCGGGUGGCAGAACACGAGUGACUACCGCUGACCUGAACUGAAACCAUGACAAAAACUGUUUGGGAUAUACCCCACAAGGUUGAAGUUUUUUUUCCAAUUUACUUUUAAGAAAAAUCUACGAUAUGAAUUUCUAUUUUUGAAUCAAUUUACCUGUUGAGGUGUAAAUUUUGGCCUCUGCUGGCCCUCCCCUACUCACGUAGCAUCUUCUUUUCAAACAACACUUCACACUUUCAAACUGGCAGUAAAGAAGGCUAAAAAUCAUCAUUCAGGCCAUUUAAAAAUUCCCAGCGAUGCAUUGAUUGUUUUCAUCAUUUCUCUGCCUUUGUCAAAUGACAAAGUAGGGCUGCACAAUUAAUCCAAUUUUAAUCGUGAGCACGGUUUUGGCUGCCAUCAUUAAAUGAACCUGAUCUUCGGCGAUAUUUAUAUUCAAAUGCAGACCUUGAUUGGCUGGCAACCGGUUCAAGGUGUCCCCCGCCUCCUGCCCGAUGACAGCUGGGACAGGCUCCAGCACGCCCGCGACCCAAGUGAGCAGAAGCGGAUCAGAAGAUGGAUGGAUGGAUGGAUGGAUGGAUGAAAUGCAGACCUUGCCGCAGAUCUAAUCAAGCAUUUUCUCAAGCAGUAGACAGCCAACCACCAGGGGGCGCACGCAAACCAAAUACUUGCAUAUUUAUUCAGUUAGCCCUUGGUACUUUUUUUAAAUGAUUGGGUAAAUUCUCUACACCACUUAUAGCUAAAAUGGUAAUCCAUUCAUUUUCAAGUUUCAUUUUGCAGGGAAAAUUGUGAACAUAUUGUUUGUUGAAUAAUAGUGCAGUCAAAAUACACUACCAUGACGAAUAAUUGUGUUUAGUAAUCGUGAUCACAAUAUUGAUCCAAAUAAUCGCGAUGAUCAUUUUGGAAAUAAUUGUGCAGCCCUACAGGGAAGUGUUUGUUUACUAGUGGUGAAAAACGCUUCGCCUUUUGCCACCCGGCUGUUUUCCUGCGUUAGGAACCAAAAUGAGAGGACUUCCAGAUGAUGUUUGGGAGCAACAGUUGCAACUAACAAAGAUGAUGAUGAGUAUGAAUCUGAUUACUGCAGAUCAAUCAAACAUGUUUCAGGUGACACUGAAAGAUCUCAGAAGAAGAGAGAGGAAAGGCUGGUUCCUACCCAAGUCCAUGUGCGCCAUCUUCACUGCCACCCGCUUGCAUCGGCUCCCAGCUCGCGCUUUUGGGACCCGUGUAAAUAGUGUCGACGGGGCAGCAAACGGCGUGACUGGAGAUGUUAGCGGCCGCACUUGUAGCUUGGUUUCUCCAUGGUUUCUGCGCGUACUGUUGAUUUGUAGCCUGUAGCUUGGGCCCCAUCGGGACAUUUUGUGGACCGCAGAGUCCACGGCGAAGGGUGAGGGGCUAAGAAAUGUCACUCAGUUUUGACACCUACACAACUCACAAAAAAAAAAAGAAAAAAAAAGUGAAGAAUCUGCUUUGAAAUUUCAGGACUUUGUUGUGAGUAGUGUAUGUGCAUAGUUGUAAGGCACUGACUAACUUCGCUAACGGCAGUGUGUAGUAUGCACUAUUAUUACUCUGUACUCCCCGCUCACUACUUCUCUCCCCCCCGGAAUAUACCUCACCGGUCACCUCUGUGGCCUUCCACCUCAACCGGUUCCAUCCGCCAGCACGUGCACCCCAAAGUGGAGACGCGGGAGGCGGUUGAGGAGCGACGACAAGCGAGCGUCUUCUUUCGCUUUCCGCUCAUCGUGGCUGGGAGUCCGCCAUGAAGGCCACCCGUGUCUCCUCCGCCACUAGUAUGCUGCAGCCUGGUUCAAUAUAUCAUUGUAGAUGUGAUGCAUGGAUUACUGCUGAAUAGCAUAAAUAAACUUCAUCAAAUCA